UAGAUGACCUACACUUAGACGGCGAUCUAGGGUGACGUAUAUCUAUAUCUCUAUCUUGCAGCUACGCGUGUAACCCAGCAGCAGCUAUAAAAGAACCUGGCUAUCUGGGGAGAAUUGUCGAUCAGAGUUGCCAUCGCUGUUGACGUAUCUACGCGCGUAUAGAAGGAAAGAAGUAUCGGUUGAAGGAAGGAAGGAUCGAAGGAAACCGAACACGAUGAGGGACUACAGCGGGUCGUAUGUUGCUGACACGCAGGAGGGAUUCAGGGAAUACUUGAAGAACGCGCGAGGUCUCAAUGACGCCAUGAUUGCUAAGAUUCUGAGUGAGAAGAUCCACAUGGAUGUGAAACAGGACGGUGACAAAAUUCAUCUGAAGACGUACACACCUGACAGAGUCAUCUUUGACAAUAGCUUCGUCGUCUGGAAGCCCUUCGAAUACACGCGCGAAACGACGGGAAAGCUGGUCCAGAUGUGUUUCAAGUGGGAGGGAGAAGACCUGAUGCAUGAGUCGGUGGAUAGCGACGGAACCAAGGAGAUUGUACAUCGUCAGAUGCUUCCUGACGGCUCGAUCAAGGCU